AUGGAGAUGAUCGUAGCUGGGUUGAGGCUUGACCCGGAAGAGAUAUCGGAAAAGGUCCAGAAAAAAAGUAAAAGAAAUAAAGUUUUGGCCGGUUUGGCAGCUGCCUCGUCGUCGGCAGUCGGCAGACGGACGCAGCUCCCCCGAAGCCUGGCCGCCCCCAACGGCAGCGGCGGCGAGGGUCACCUCGCGCCGGCGAGUCACCACGUGGCCACCCCGCAGGUCGGCCGCACCCACGUGGCCCUGCCCGACACGGCGUGUAGGGCCCACCGUCGCCACCGCCCACCAGAGCCACCAUUUCCUCCCAUCAUCCUCCUGCAGCAGCAGGCGCCGUUCACACCCACCUCGGGGGACCAUUUCCUCCCACCAUCCUCCUGCGCAGCAGCAGGCGCCGUUCACACCCACCUCGGGAAGUCGGGAGAGCGUCUUAAAAAAAACAGAAAGGGAAGUCCACGUGUCAUGGCCGCAGUGGAUGCAGUCACUGGAGAAGCUGCCUAUAUCAGAGAUGGAUGUGGGUGGUGUGCCUCCAGCUCCCAGCUCUCCUCUCACUCUGCACUCACUCCCCUAGAGCACAGAACCAGAUCCAGAGCAGAGCUUGUUACGUUGCGCCGGCCUCUUGGGUCGUCAAGUCUCCGUUCUUUCUUUCUCCAAUCGGCAGCUGUUGAUCCCGGAGCUGCGAUGGGCAUCGUCGACGUCGUCUCCCAGUACUGCACCCUGCCGAGGACUCGCCGGCACCUCAAGAAGAGGAAGCAGUUCCAGACGGUGGAGAUGAAGGUGCGGAUCGACUGCGAAGGGUGCGAGCGCAAGAUCCGCAAGGCGCUGGAGGGCAUGGAGGGCGUGAACUCCGUGGAGGUGACGCCGCGGCAGAACAAGGUGACGGUGGCGGGCUACGUCGACGCCGGCAAGGUGAUUCGCCGGGUGGCGCGCCGGACGGGCAAGCGGGUGGAGCCGUGGCCCUACGUGCCGUACGACGUGGUGGCGCACCCCUACGCCCCCGGCGCCUACGACAAGAAGGCGCCGCCCGGGUACGUGCGCAACGUCGUCGCCGACCCCAACGCCGCGCCGCUCGCCCGGGCGUCGUCCACCGAGGCCAGGUACACCGGCGCCUUCAGCGACGAGAACCCCAACGCCUGCGCCGUCAUGUAGGCGCCGCGCCGCCGCGGAGGCUCGGAGGUCGGAGCUGCGCUGCCUCCUGGAGUAGCCGUUUUCUCCUUUCUUCUCUACGGUAGUGCUCUGGUUUGAUGUAAAAAAGAUGUUUAUUAUUUGGAAAUCCUCAGUGGUGGUAAGCUAGCUAGUAGUGUUUGUUGCCUUGUUGAUGUUUAAAACAAUUUCUGAAAAGAAGAUGUUUUGACAAACGACAAUAGAUAUUAUUAAAGCUGAAGUAUGCAGGCUUAUGAUA